AGUUGCAUGAGAAUGAAAACAAGGAGACGUUAUCAUGGUAAAGACAGAAUCAGUGCUUUACCUGACUGUCUUUUGCUUCAAAUUUUGUCUAAUUUGGAAGUCUAUCGAGCUGUUCAAUUAUCCAUCCUCUCCACAAGAUGGAAGAAUAUCUGGAAACAUAUGUCCGUUGUUACUUUGCAUCACAGAAACUUUGAAUCUAUCGAAAGUUUUGCUACUUUCGUUUCUCAAUUUUUCUCUUUUCGCACUGGUAAAUCCUCUCUGCAAGCUCUCAAUUUUGAAUGCUUCCGCUAUUUUGAUGCUGAGCUGCUCAAAAGGAUCAUAAAAUACUUAUUUUCACACAAUAUCCAACGGUUAGAUAUGUCCGUGCCUUGUAGUCUCGAACACUUUCCACUUUGCACUAACUUUUCAUAUCAUUCUCUAACCUCUCUUAAACUUAUUGCAUGCCAAGAAAUUAAUCAUUGGGGUAGACAAGGACCAGUAUUUCCAAAUUCUCUUCAAUUUCCUGCAUUAACCUACUUGUAUUUAGGAUUCUUCACCUUACUCUGCACUACAGAUGAUGGCUAUGCUGACCCCUUCUCGGUAUUUCAAAGUUUGAAUACUUUGAUCAUUAAAGAUUGCCCACUUUAUAAUCAUAUAACCAAUGUUGAAGACAGCCUCUUUAUAUCAAGCGUCACGCUUGUUAAUUUAACAAUAGUAUUGCCUCUCAGUUACGAGUCUUACAAAUUUAAAUUAUCUACCCCAAAUCUUUGUAGCUUUAAUUUUACUGGUAAUCCUUUUCAAAAUCUAUCUGGGCACAAUAACAUUAGCAAUACCAAUUUCUCUUAUAUUAAACAUGUAAGGAUAGGUUUAACUUCUAAAAAAGUCGCAAAAUUUCCUUCAAUUCUAUCAAAUUGGCUUCUUGAGCUUGCCCUUAUGGAAUCAUUCACAGUCACUUCAAACACUCUUAAGAUUCUCAACUUAUUUCCAAAGUCAUGGAAGAUUGAUUUCCCUUAUUUACAUAACUUGAAGUUAUUGAAAAUAGAAACACAUGAGUUUUUAUCUCUACCCAAUGGAAGAGAAGACUUUUUGCUUCAAAAUGCACCGUCAGCAAAGAAAGUCAUUUUCCCAGGACCUAGUUUGAAGGAUUUAGCCAAAGAAGAUCGGAGACGUAUAAAGCAAUUCCGAUACAGAUACUGACAAACCGACACCAGUAACAAUUUAAGAAAAUGAAUAAAAAUAAAGUAAUGACAAAUGUCGGUGCAGGGUGCAGGUGUCUGAUUUAGACACUGUCGAUGCUACAUAGGAUUUUAUGUCCAAGAGAUCAAAAUAUGCGUGUAUGCAGUGACUAAGGCAAUUUUUCCAAGAGAGACAUCUUUUCAUAGCUAGAUAGCAUUAUUAAAACUUAUUUAUUUUCUUUACAACUUAUUGAAUUAUGGUUUUUAUUUUGUUUGUCAACAGGAUUUAUAUAUUUCAACAUUUUUUAUUUUCUUU